AUGCUGCGGGAGAAGCUCAUCACCGCAGACGCUUUCAAAGAGUUCGUGAGCUACAGUCGGUGUGCGUCGUGCCCGUCGGCGACAGAGUUCGAAGCUGAGCGGGGCGACGUUGAGGCGGCUUGGCCAGCUUUUGCGAACGACAUGGCGUUGAGUCGAUUGCCUGCCUUCUUCUGGAAGAGCCGAGCCGCGGAUGCUGGCGCGGCAGAGUGGGCAGACGAGUACGACAAGCGGCUGCAACAUUGUCUUUCUCGGAUGAACCACCACGUGCAUCCUCGGUGUGAACGGGCCGGGGAAAGGCGACCGCUUCGAUCGUGCAUGCCAAAGGGGAAGAGCGGGUGCAAGGCCGACUUCCCGUUGGAAAACCAGAUGUGCGCGGAAGCUCUGCUGGUAUGUCGUUGCAUCGCCGUGGCCCGAUGCAUGCCGAUGACGGGGCCUCGGAGUGCGUUGGGCACCGUGCUCCCAGCGCGGAACCACGAGUGGUUGAACGCGGGCCCCCGAGCACUCAUCGCCUUCUCAGGGAGCAACGCCGACGUGAAGUUCCCGCAUCGUUUGCCAAUCUUGCCAGAGUCCCACGAGGUGUUGCUGUAUGACUCGAAAAGGCAGACGUGCUACCGCGGCGGGGAUCUUGCAACGCAGGCGAACGACCUACAAGCAGCCAUGGCUCUUGCUGCGGGUUACUUUGGAGGGUAUUCCGCCAAAAUGCAAGACAUCGGAGAAAAAGAAAUGAAGAGGCUCAGUGCGACCUUGGAACGGAAAGUAGCGUCUGACGGAGCUUUGGGAGGGAACCGUACUGCAGCGGAGGAAUUCCAGCACUACUCAAGGCGUCUCGUUCGAGAUCUAGAGUGCAAGGGUAUUGUUCGAACAUCUUUGGAGUCCUGCUUGUUGUCACUGUAUGCUGACCAUCCAGACGCUCUAAUGGCAGAGUGCAUCCGCACGUUCCCUUCGGUGCGGUUUCCGGCCGUUGAUCUGUUGAAGCGAGAGGAGGUGGAGACGGGGAAAUCCCGCGGCUGUUCUGUCGUGUCAGCCAUGCGUUCGGGCCGAGGGAAUUUGAAUUUCACGUACGCGGAUGCUCCGUUCGCUUUGAUGUACGGCUAUCGCGGUGCAGCCCACAACGUGGACGUGCUCAGCCCGUACGAGAUGUUGCUGCACUGGUCCAUAGAGAAGAUCCACCCCCCUCUCGGCCGGCAGGAAAUCUACCGAUCAGCUUUGACAGAUGUGGGGCGUCGGUACGAGAAAGAGUGUCGUGAAGGCAGGAUCCACUGCAGCAUGAAAGGAGGAGAGCACUUCGUCGCGUUGGAGGCGCCCGACAGGAUAUUGCUUCCGGAUGCCCCCCAGCUUCGCGGUCUGCGGCACGCGUGGUGUUGGGAGAAGAGGCGGCGCCUACAUUUGCCCACGUGGACUUUUGGGCCAACACCGGGUACGUCGCUAGCGCAAGAGGAGAAUGCUCGUCGACUGAGCGUGUACAUGCGCCCGUGGUGCUUAGAGGCGCGGGGUGCGAGGUGGUGGAACCCCUUGUUGGCGAAUCUUGGAAAGUGCAGAGCAGUGGAAGGGGAGAGCGUUCCCGCGUGGCUGGAUAUGCUCAGCGCGGAGGAGAGCGGCGAGGCAUCAGAGCGGGACAACGCAGGGGGACACGUGCCGAGUGCGACUAAGAAGCGUCGCCGCCUGACGCGGAAAGCGACGUGCCCGGAUGUAGCCGACGCAGAGUUCUAUUACUCUUAUCGGGCAUCCUGGGAGAAGUACGUGGACGGUUACGUGGUUUCGAAAACGAGCCAGCGUUACAUAGUGAACUUCUUGGCUGCAGCGUGCACUGUUGCGCGGGAGGAUCACGUGGAUUCGUCCGAUGCCAGCUCUGUGGAUGCCUGGAAGAAUGAAGACAGUCGGGCUGGGUCCAUGGAGGUCGUCCGCCAGGCACUGGAUGGGAUGGCUCGAAUGGAUGGUGCCGAGGAGUCAGCCGGGUACGGGCGCUACGCAGACAUCAUCUCCAUGGGCCGGGCGUUGUGGCAAACUCCGCCACUCGGAAAGGAGGCCGUGCAGGGCAUCUCGGAGGAGCAGUUCGACAGCAGAGGGUACCCCAGCAGCGAGGAUUUGCGAAAAGCAUUCGUCAAGCAGAAGAGCAUGACGGACGUCCGACCAGCGCCGUACGUCGGAAUGACCAUGCCUUUCGCCAGUCUCUCCGUCGUGGACUACGGCCGCAGGAUGGACGAGUGGCUCGGGAAUUUGAAGAAGGAGCAGAUGGCGCCAGAGCAGGAAGACAUCGACAUCAUUGAACAGGUCAUGCGGCGGAUACGCGUGGAGUUCGAACUCGACAGAGAAGGGAGCGAUUUACCAAAGGGACACAGUCACCGCGCAGCUCGAGAAGAACCCAUUCGAGGUUUUGUGCACGGGGGUCCAGGGACAGGGAAAAGCCGUCUCAUUCAUUGGAUUACCAGGAUGUUCAGAGAGGCGCUGCACUGGGAGCACGGCGUGCAAUUUAUGUGCGUGGCCUUCCAGAACCGGGUCGCCCACGCGAUGGGUGGCGUGACGAUCCAUUCGGGCGGAGACGUCUCCGUGGGCGGCGGAGAUCGGAGUUUGUCUCACACGGACGUAGAUGUUCUUUUUACCCGGAAUCAGGCUGUGCGUUGGCUGCUCAUAGAUGAGAUCGGGAUGGUGUCGGACGGUCUGUUAGGGGCACUCGAGAAGCACUUGACGGACGCGGCGCAGGUGAAUCGGCACCGCCACCGCGCAGACAAGACGAGCAGACCGUUCGGGGGAUACAAUGUUAUGGCGUUCGGCGAUUUUUACCAGAUCCCCCCAAUCCCGGCGUCGUCGGCCGUGUUCCUGCCGCCGAAGGAGGCCGUGCCGCCGAAGCAGGGCAAAACAAGCCAAGAGAAAGCAGCCUUGAAUUUGUUUUGGAGCAGUGAUCCUCGCGUGGGGCUGACUCAUUUCUGGGAGCUCGCGGUGCAGAAGAGAGUCAAAGAAGAUCCGUGGUACAGCACCGUGUUACAGGAGGCGCGUGAGGGCCGCAUGUCGGACGAGUCGUACAAUUUCCUGCUGGGCAUGCCGACGGAGCACGCAGGCUGUUGGCCGUUUCAGGGCGGAGGCGCGUGCUGCGAGACUGCGUGCAAGACUUUGCACGUGACGUGGGCGGAAAUGAAGCUGCAGGGCGCGACGUGGCGUUCCAUGAUGGACAUGGAGUGCGCGGACUGCCGGAGAGAACGUGAACGCAGGAACCGCCUACUGCAACCGAAGGAUGGGCGCGUGGUGGAAGAGCCGUUCGUGUCAGCGCCGUACAUGCACAAAAACAAUGACCCGAAGUACCACGCCAUGCUAUUGAGGGCGGCGGAAUACGCAAAGGCACACCGACUGCACACGCUGUGGUUCAGCUCGCAGGACAAGCCCGACAAUCCAGCCCAGGUAGCGAAGACACCGGGCAAGCUACGGAAGAGCUUGGAGAAGUUGCUCAUGCUGCACGACCAGAAGACUGCGGGCAUCCCAGGCAUUAACUUGCUGUACGUAGGCAUGAAAGGCCGCGUGACAGAGAAGAUAUGCAAGACGAGAAACAUCGUCAUCCUGAAGCACAUGCCGUGCACGCUGGUGGGAUGGGAGCUGCAUCCGGCAGACCGCGUGGCGCAGCCAGGGUCGGGGCGCUUCCUGAAUUACUUGCCGCGUUGUAUGUAUUUGCGAGUGGACGGUGCGGCGUGGACUGUGGAUGAGAAGCUUGGCCCAGGAUCAGGUGCGAAGGUGCGGCGCACGGGCUUCGCAUGGAUCCCGGACUUCGCGAGCACUGCAUUCAUGAUGCAGGGGGCGACGUUGUCGGCGGGGCUUGCGGACUGCGGCGAUGCAUUGGACGUCGUGGGGCCUUCUGAGGCGAUGACUGCAUACGUCAUCCUGUCGCGGCUGACGUCGGCGAGUGGGUUGCUUUUGCUGCGGGCUUUUGCGCCGGAGCUAUUCCGACAAGGAGAGGCUGCGGGGCCUCGAUGCAUGCUGGCGUUCUUGCGAAGUCGAUUCGGCGCAGGCGCUGCGGCGAGUGCGGGGAGGCUCGCUGGAGCUGUGACGUACGGCAUAGCGGAGGCAACGGAGGAUUACGACAGGGCAGUGGUCUUGCAGGAAGUAGGGAGAGAGCGCAGGAAGCAGCAGGGGUCGUCCUGGGCGUGCUGGUGCUGCCGACUGUCGUUCCCAGUGGCCGGUUUCGGAGCAGACCGUCGACGACGGGGGGAAGUUGGAGAAAAGUGUCUGGCUGCAGGGCACUGGCGCGAGUGCAAGGCUUGCGCGGACGCGCUAUGCAUCGAGCGAGCGCAGGGUACGGCGGCGCAGUUCCAGAGAAGGCAAUGCAGCACGUGUGGUUUGAUGCAGUUGGACGUUUUGUUUGAGGAUACCAGGGACGAGUGCAACGCGUGCGUGCUUGCUGCGAGCUUCGAGGUCCACAUGUGCGACAAGUGCGGGGAUUACGUGUCGGGGGUGGAUGCAUUCCGGAUACCAGGUGAACGUUCGACGUAUUGUUGUUGGAGAUGUAGCGGAGACCUGUGUCGAUUUGCGUGCACAGUCUGCGGCGCGGAGAAGCCUGUGAUCAGUUUCCGCGGAGCACCUCGCCAAGUUCGCAAGCAGACGAUCCGUCGCUGUGGGGACUGCGAAGUGUGCAUCGUGUGCAAAGAGAGGAUACAAGACUACAGGAAGUUCGUGUGCAACGGGAAAGUGUGCGUGGCGUGCGCGCCUGUGAAGUGCCAUGUCUGCGAGAGGACGCUGGCGAAGACGCGUUUUCCACGUGGCGGGCGGACAGAGCAGCGAGGCGCGGAGCGGCAUGUCAGCCGGUGCCUUGACUGCCACGAAUGCGCUGCGUGCAAGCAGGUUUUGGAGAAGCAGAGCUUUUCAAAGGCCGAGAAGGUAUGCCGACGAUGUAGCGCCACUCUGCUCUGUGAAGUUUGCGGGAAGGAGCUGAGCCGGAGCAGUUUCCCAAGGGACGGGCGGACACAGCAGCGGGGCGCGGGGCAGCAUGUCAGCCGGUGCCUUGACUGCCACGAGUGCGGCAAGUGCAAGCAGUUCCUGGACAAGCAGAGCUUUUCGAAUGCCGAGAAGGUAUGCCGACGAUGUAGCGCCACUCUGCUCUGUGAAGUUUGCGGGAAGGAGCUGAGCCGGAGCAGUUUCCCAAGGGACGGGCGGACAGUGCAGCGGGGCGCGGAGCGACAUGUCAGCCGGUGCCUUGAUUGCCACGAGUGCGGCGAGUGCAAGCAAGUCCUGGACAAGAAGAGCUUUUCGAAGGCUGAGAAAAUAUGUCGACGAUGUGGCAGGACGCCCACUUUGUGCGCGGCGUGUGACACGAGGAAGGUCGCCGCAGACUUCGACGACCGCAUGUUCACGAACGCGACGAACGGCGGCCGCCAAGCAGUAUGCAAAUCGUGCUAUGAAGAUGGAUGCUCCGUCAGGGAUUGCUCGAGGUAUCCGUGCCAGAACUGUGGGCCGCGAG